AUGGCCGACGACCUGCGCUCUCAAGGCUUUGAAAUAGUCACAGACGAGAAUGGCCAAGAACUAGUGAAACUUAUGUUUAUGGAUGAGAAUAAUGAAACUUCCGGAUAUGCUCUGGUUUCCACCGAAGAUGCCAAGAAGAUAAUGACAGGAGAAGCCACAUUACAAAAUGAGCAGGAGGAUGGAGCAAAUCCCACGGCAACAGUUGAUGAAGCCGGGGAAGAGCCGGUCGCUGCCGCUGCUGCUGACGAUUUCGCUGCCUCU